CCUCACCCUCUGACCCCUAACCCUCUGACCCCUAACCCUCUGGGUCACAGGUUCCUGUUGAUAGAUGGAGACAAGGCUGUUUCUGGAUCGUACAGUUUCACCUGGACGGCGUCUCGUUUGGACAGACACCUGGUCACCUUGGUAACGGGCCAGGCGGUUGACUCCUUUGACCAGCUGUUCCGGGACCUCUACCUGACAUCCAGCGGGGUCGACCUCCGCAGGUUCACCACGGAGACGGAACCGGAGCCAGAGCCCCUCCCCCGGGCCACCCCCGUCGCUUCUCUCUCCGCAGCUAACGCCAGGAAGCUGUUCAGCCCUAAAUACGCCGUGGUGAUCGGCAACGCUAACGCUAGCAGCGCCGGCCCCGUCUCCUCCGGAACCCAGAACUCCAACUCCCAGAACCCCCUGAAAACAAAGGUGCGUGUCCGGGAGCCAGUGGAAGCUCCGCCCCUCCACCCGGGAUUGGCCUGUCUGGAGAAAGCGUACCUGAUUCCGUACCUGCCCACCUGGCCCGAACCCGACCCCCCCAGAGAUGUCAUCGGGUUCAUCAACGUGCGGGACGCGUCACGGUCGACCCAGGUGCACCUGCAACGUUCCGAGAGGUUUGAAACGAGCCAGGCUAUUCGGUUCAGCAGUCCCUUUACCCUGCCCAAUGAGGAGACACUUCCUGACAGGGCUAGACCAACCCCUACCCCUACCCCUACCCCUACCACUACCCCUAUCUCUACCUCUACCACUACCCCUAUCUCUACCUCUACCACUACCCCUAUCUCUAUCCCUAUCUCUACCUCCAUCUCUACCCCUACCCCUACCACUACCCCUAUCUCUACCUCUACCCCUACCCCUACCCCUAUCUCUACCCCUAUCUCUAUCCCUAACUCUACCCCUAUCUCUAUCCCUACCCCCAUCUCUACCCCUAUCUCUACCACUACCCCUAACUCUACCACUCCCCCUAUCUCUACCCCUAUCUCUACCCCUAACUCUACCACUACCCCUAUCUCUACCCCUAUCUCUACCACUACCCCGAUCUCUACCCCUAACUCUACCACUACCCCUAUCUCUACCGCUAUCUCUACCCCUACCACUACCCCUAUCUCUACCCCUAUCUCUACCGCUAUCUCUAUCCCUAACUCUUCCACUACCCCUAUCUCUACCUCUACCACUACCCCUAUCUCUACCCCUAUCUCUAUCCCUAACUCUACCACUACCCCUAUGUCUACCGCUAUCUCUACCCCUACCCCUACCACUACCCCUAUCUCUACCCCUACCCCUAUCUCUACCCCUAUCUCUAUCCCUAACUCUACCACUACCCCUAUCUCUACCUCUAUCUCUACCCCCAUCUCUACCCCUAUCUCUACCACUACCCCUAUCUCUAACCCUAUCUCUACCACUACCCCUAUCUCUACCCCUACCCCUAUCUCUAUCCCUAACUCUACCACUAUCUCUAUCCCUACCCCCAUCUCUACCCCUAUCUCUACCACUACCCCUAACUCUACCACUCCCCCUAUCUCUACCCCUAUCUCUACCCCUAACUCUACCACUACCCCUAUCUCUACCCCUAUCUCUACCCCUACCCCGAUCUCUACCCCUAACUCUACCACUACCCCUAUCUCUACCACUACCCCUAUCUCUACCACUACCCCUAUCUUUACCACUACCCCUAUCUCUACCACUACCCCUAUCUCUACCCCUACCCAUACCACUACCCCUAUCUCUACCCCUAUCUCUACCCCUACCCCUAUCUCUACCCCUAUCUUUACCACUACCCCUAUCUCUACCACUACCCCUAUCUCUACCCCUACUCCCGUAUACCCUUCCCUUACCUUUACCCCCGUCCCCAAGCCCCGGACGGUGCAGUUGGUCAUGAGGAACGGGAGUGGUCAGGACCCAUGUGGAGUCAGAGGGGUCAAGAAGACAGACAGUCUGGAGCUAACAGGACCACAAAGAGACUGUCUGAAUGGAACUGGACUACGACCCCAGAGUGACUGUGAGACCCGCACUACGACCCCAGAAGUGGCUGUGAGACCCGCACUACGACCCCAGAGUGACUGUGAGACCUCACUACGACCACAGAGUGACUGUGAGACAACACUACGAUCCCAGAGUGACUGUGAGACCGCACUGCGAACACAGAGUGACUGUGAGAUCACAGUACGACCCCAGAGUGACUGUGAGACCGCACUGCGAACACAGAGUGACUGUGAGACCCCACUACGACCACAGAGUGCCUGCGAGACCGAAGUAUGA